CUGACCUAAAGAAAGAAACAUUUCAUUAAGAUAAGAGCAGCUUCAGAAUGGGAGAGGAAUGCUUAUGGAAAACUCAGAAGUGGCAGAUUUUUUUCCUUCUCUCAAUAAUGAUUUUACACAACGUGGAACCAAGAACACAGUUAUCAGAUGUGAAUUGCAUUGUCUACAAUGAGGAAUUCAUGGAGUGUACAUGGAAACACAGUGAAGGGGAAGCAAACUUUACCUUGUAUUUCUGGUAUUUCUCACAACAACCACAGGAAUGUAGGAACUACAUUCAGCAGGGUGGCUAUAACUUUGGAUGCAAUUUCUCGGCCGAUGGCAUUAUACAAUUCAAAGACUUUCACAUUUUCAUAAAUGGAUCCAGUGAUUCAGGAAACAUUACAACAAAAACCAAAACGUUUCAGCUCCAGGACCAAGUGCAACCCUUUCCACCUGCAAACCUGAUAGUGAAUACUACAGAAAACAAUGGUCUCCUCCUGGAAUGGGAUGCUCCAAUGGGAACAGCGAGAUGUUUGGAAUAUGAAAUCAGGCACCAGAAUAAUGACAAGGAGUGGCAGAAAGCAUCAGUCACGGUGCAGACAAAGUUUAGUUUGGCGAGUGUGGAUCCAGAGGAGUUCUACACCUUUCAAGUGAGAAGCAAGAUUAACAUGUAUUGUGGCACAACUCAACUGUGGAGUGAGUGGAGCCUCCCUGUUUACUGGGGAAAAUUUAACACAGAAGUUAAGCAAAGAAAUUUCAAUCCAUUGGAAUUACUUGCCACUGUACCAGUUUUGGUUUUAUUCAUAUUGACAACAUACCUAAUAUAUAAAAAGUGUUUCCAGCAGAAACCGGAGAGGUUUUUAAAAAUGGAACCUUGAGAAAUGAUCCAAUCUCGCACCUGAAGGGUUUCAAAGGGCAUCACUUCAACAGGCUUCCAAAGGAUAAUGGAUGUUGGUAUUAAAGAACAACCAUCUCUCUGCAUUUACAGUUCAGAAGGCCAUUGCUUCACAUGAUAGAUAUUAGCAACUAAAAACAAAGCUGGCAUUUCUCUCAGCACAAUGACUUUAUUUCUGUAAUCACUGUGAUGAAUCCUUGUAUUUUUAACAUACCUGCACAGACCAUGAUCACAACUUUUUUUUGGUCUAACAGAAACUUGCUGGUGUUUAUCCUUUACAGGCAGCUGAAGUUGAAAGUUCUAACAUUGCUUAUCUUAUAUCUUUUGGUGAUUUUUAUCCAAGUAGUACAUUCACAUGAUGGGGGUCAAUAUUCUCCAGCCACAAGCAUGUACAUUUCAAAAAUGAAAAGGACACAAUGUCACAGAGUGACACACACAAAAUGUUGGACGAACUCGGCAGCUCAGGCAGCAUCUCUGGAGAGGUAUGAAGAGUCGAAGUUUUUGGCCAAGACGCAUCAUUGACCUGAUGAUUACCAUCAUCGUAAUGCUGGCUGCUUAUUCCUUUCUAUUGUUGUUGCCUGACCUGCUGAGUUCCUCCAGAAUUUUGUGGCUGUUGCUCUGGAAUUCCAGCAUCUGCAGAAUCUCUUGUGUUUACAAUGUCACAGCAAAUUACUAAUACAUGUAAAUGGAUGCGGUGAUUAAAGUUGAUCUUAAAUGUAUUAAUGUAACAAUUAACUAGUAACAGAAUUUAAAUAAAUCAAAUGCUUUUGUCUCUGUUUUGCUGUUUCUGGUGACAUAGGCAUACUUUGAUAAUAAAUUUACUUUGAACUUUGA